UUGCGUUUGGAGUUGUUGAAAUUGUUUGUUAAUGUUGGUUUUUACUUCUACUGGCUGAUAAAUUAAAUUAAUCUAUUAUUAAAAAUGCCAAGAAAGAAGAACGGUUUCGAUCUUGCAGACCUUGAAGGCUCCAGUGACGAUAACACUUGGGAGCCUGAAGAGAAUCUGGGUGGUGCAGAAUUGACAAAUACUUACGAUGAUGCUCAGCAAAAGAAAGAUAAAGAUACUGCAUCAUCGGAAGUGUUUGAGGAGAAGAGACAGGAAGAAAAGAGUUGAGGAAAUUGAGAAACCUAGAGGCAUAGAUAGAGGAUUGCGAGGAUUCCAGAGAAGAUUUUAGCAGCACAACUGCAUAAUAGCAGUCUAUUCUUUUUGGUAAAAUGGCAAGGCUGCCCAGACCUGGAUGUGGUGCCCAGAAAGGACUUGAGUCUGCACCAUCCUGAAUUUGUGAUUGACUUGCCCUUCAGUGUGAGACACAAAAUUGGGAAGACACCUAGGAUAGCUCCAGAGCUACCGCCAGAACCUGAGCCCGAGCCAGAACCAGAGCCAGAGCCGGCGCCAGAACCACAACAGACACCGAUGGAGCCAAUGGACGUGUCUAACACUGAACAGGACCAAACGGCAGAAUCAGCACUGUUGAACCCAGGGGAACAACCAGACCAAAAAUGAGGCUGACAAUCUCACUUCGCUUCUCCCACUUCUUCGUGCUGCUUCUUUCUGCAACGUUGUCGAACGGCAACGACAGCGAGCUGUUGACCUCUGUAAUCGAUUUAGUCGAGUUCGACUACACCGACAACUGUGCCGACAGGGCGUCGGCAACGUGGGACGCGCUUAUUGGCAGCCCUAAGGGCUUUCAAACUAAGUUGGAGCGCGACAAAGAAUACAAGACCUUCGUAAAGCAGAACCUUGAAGACCUCAAGACUAUCACGAGGCAUUCGUGGACACAGACUGAUGAUUUGCUGAAGCGUAAAGUGCACCUACUGCUGCAGCCCGGUGAUGUUUUGUUGGACAGCGACCAAUGGAUAAGACUGGUGACGUUUGCGGAUAAGGCGCAGAAUAAAGUAAGGUUUGCGACCAACUACGACUGUGGGUCGAGAACUUGCGCGUUGCGAGAGUUCCACAAUAGUUUCGCGAAGAAACAAUAUAAAGCAGUGUUGAAGAAAAUGAAACAAUCAUGGGAGAGUAACCUGCCAGACAUCAACGAAUAUGUAGAACAAAUCCUGCCUAUUCUAGGAAAUGCAUCGAAAGAUUAUAAGACUGUGGAAGAAUACUGGGACUCUUUAGUAGAAUACGAGGGCGCCAUACAGAAAGCCCGCGAGCUUUGGGAAGGGGUGAAGCCUUUGUACGUAAAGCUACAUAAGUACGUGGCCUUGAGCUUAUUGGGCGACAAGGGGGUUGGGGGCAACUUACCGGUUCAUUUGUUAAGGUCGCUAAAUGGUGACGACUGGUCUAAUGUGAUAGACAGUUUGUUGCCCAAGCACCCAGCAGUUUACCGGAAAGUUACUGCGAAUCUGCAAAUAAAGAAUCUCGGCGGAGAAAACGCUUUCAAAGCGGCAGCUAACCUCAUCAAAGAACUGAACCUUGGUGAGAUCAAGCCAGAGAUAUGGCAGAUAUCAGUGUUCAACAGUUCCUGCCCUCCCGUCCUCGUUGACUACUGCAAACCCAACAAAAUGAAGGUGGUCACGUGUAAAGACGUCAGUAUAGGAAACUAUUUGGAUGCGCACGAGACUGCCAUGAAGAUCGCUUUCAAGCAGCUCACUGCUUCGUACAGUAACAACACUUUUAUCCUGAGGGAAGCCCCACGUUACUCGGCAAUAUACGAAGCCAUCCCAGGGUUCUUAUCGUUGCUGGCAUUGAGCCCGCACGCUUUGGCGAGGAACGACCUGUUUAACAUCGAGCUCUUCAAUCGGAACAGCAACCACCAUCGCAUGGUAUUGCAGCUAAUACUCGCCCUAAGGGACUUAGCUAAGUUAAAUUUCUACCUGGCAGCUGAUGAAUGGAGACUCAAAGUACUGACGGGGAAUACGCCUUCUUCGAAGACAGCUGCAAGUUGGAGCGAAUUUAGAAGAAAUUUCUCCCAACUUGAAACCUUGGAUACAGAUUUAUUAGGUGACUCCUACGUUCAAUUCAACAAACCUUUUAUUGGGAAAUUCAUGGGUCUCAUCCUAAAAUAUCAGAUAUAUCAUUCAUUCGCUGAAGAACUCGAGUCUGAUGAUUCUGAUUUGAUCAAACAUAUAGCUGAACACAGUAAUCGAUUGAGUGACGUAAUGUCCCAAGGCUUCAGUAUUAAAUGGCCUGAACUCGUCAGAGAUCUGCUAUUCAAGAAACAAAAUGGCCUGGAAUACACCGGUCUAAUUGACUACUACCGAUUGUUAGAAAAAUAUUUAGACGAUCAAUUCGAUCCUGUGAUAAACAAUGGCAUAUCAUAUAAAUAGACACGUUAUACGCCUACAUUAUUGUCUUUUAAAAUGGCGCAAAUAGUCCUAUUUUAUGACAGCUAUGCGUUAAGACAUUUUGCACAGGAAAGGAGAAUGGGGUAGAGUGAAUUUUCGAAUGAACUAUCAAACUAAUAUUUAAAGAAAAGCAAGACAAAACGUAACUUAUUAUUUUCCCUCAAACCAACUUAGGUCUGUUUUUUUGUCUUAAAAAAUGAGUUUUUAAAUCCGGAUUAUUUUUAUGUAUAGCAACGUGCAAAAUUUGUGAGGUGUACUCUGAGAUUAAAAGUCGAAUUAUCGACAUAUAAAUUAACGACAAAAACACGUCAUUGCGAUUUUAAAAAAAGACUAAAAUUCGAUUCUUUAUACAUAAUUGCAAUCUUUUUGGGGUCGGGAAGUAGAAUUAUAUUUUACCCAACCUGCAUUUUUAGCACUUUCGUUUCCGCUAUAAUUUUGUUUCUCAAGUGAGUCUUCUUCGUUUGAUCAUAAAUUAAUUAUUAUAAUCAUACAGUAAUAAUAGCCAUAGCAUUGAUGGAUUUCUGAUGAAUACGUCAACACAGGAAUAUAUUCUGUUCUAAAGAAAAAAAAUUGCGUGAGUUUAAAAUGCAGAGUUCAUAAGUGAUACAUAUUCGCCCAACUUCCCCUGGCAGUGGCCACAUGUCAAAUUCAACCGUCAACACUUGUCAAAUUGAAUAAAAUUAAAUACAUUUAAUAUUUUACUAAAAAAACUGUAUUUACGAAUGAAAUGACACAUUUUUCUGGUACAUAAUAGUGGCAGUGUAAUUUGUACACCAACAAAAAACGCAAGAAAGCAUAUUAACAAUCAAUUAUAGUCUUUUUCACCUAAGAUGAUCCGUAUGACGUUUCGAGUUUGAAAGAUUUAGAGAUGUCACAUAACUAAACCAUAGCGAUUUAUCUAUCGAUUUUUUUCGAAGAGUUAGUAAAACCUACUUUUAGAGAAAUAUUUUGUAUAGGUGUUAUUUAACAAAAAACAUGUUUUUUUUAAUUACAAAUAUUAUUGUAACAAUUUUUUAUUGAUAAUAUUCAAAUUUCUAGGUUCGUGUUCAAAAAAACGAUUCCUAAAAAGUACUAGUUCUGUUUCUUUAAAUUAAAAACUAUUAAUUUAUUUUCAAUGCGUUUAUUACAGUCAAUAAUCGAAAAAUAUAGUUGAUUUUUGUGAUAUUUUUAAUAACUAAGUAUUCACUGCAAUCGAUUGAUGAACCGCGGAAAUAAUCGAUUUUAUUAUACAAGAAAUACCCCAGCACUAAAUCUAUUCCGUUUCACACAUUGCGUACAUUAAAUAAAAAACAUUUUUACAUCGUAUUUAAUUAAAAUAUAAUCAAUAGACUCAGAUUUUACUAUAUAUUUCAAGACAAGUAGUUAAUUUUUUUUUAUUAUAUUGCUAAUAAAAUACAAACAUUUUUUCAAAAAUAUUCUGCAUAUGUAGUAUGCGUCAUAUGGAUAACCUUGAAGUGUCAUACGGAUCAUCUUACGUGAAAAAGACUAUAGGAAGGCAAUCGGGAAGUGCAUUCGUGGCUGUUCGCGGCAACCGAUCAUGCCCGACUGAAUGCAAGCAGUACAAUUGGCUUACUUUUGCAUUGCCAGUCUUGAGCGGGUAUAACGUAUCUAUACUAUAAAAACAUCUUAGGUGUUAAACAAUAUCGAAUGAAUAGACGCUUGAUCGCUAUGAUCCUGCUGAACUUAACGUAAACGAGAAAGACCUUACGUACGAUUUCGAUGCAAAUUUCGACGAAAAUAGCGCUGUCGAAUCCGAUGAACAUAUUUUAUACCAGAUCUAUCUGAAUCGCCGAAAAUCAAUAUUAUUGAUACUGGGGAUGAGGACGGGGUAGAGACAACGACUGUUAAAAUUUUAGAAUCAAAACCUAACCUGACUGAAUCUUACAACAUGUAUUGGUGGAUAGGUAUAGCAGUCGCGUUGGCUGUUGUCGUGAUACUAAUAGCAGUAAUCGCAAGGAAAAGACACAACCACAGAAAACACCUGGAAAAGCAAAGAAGAGAGAACUCGCGUGCCUGAUUUGAAGAGUAUCGGUUCUACUAACCGAUAUGAAAGAAACAGUUUUGUGAACUGGUGCCAAUACUGUGAAGUGAAUUACAUUCUGAAGUGUUGUAUUUCUAAUGCUGCUUUUACACUAUGCGGAAAUUAGCCGAGUCAAGUCAAAAAAACAGAGGAGUGGGGAUGAAAUUCAUUCAUAAUUCAUCCCCACUCCACUGUUUUUUUGACUUGACUUGGCUAAUUUCCGCGCAGUGUAAACGCAGCAUAUGUUUCGUGUAUUCUGCUUAGUUAUGAUUACUAAUUUGCACGUUACCUAUUAUUUAUUUUUAAGGUUAAAUGCUGCAUUUUAACUAUACGAUAUCAUCACAGAACAGCAUUUUAAAAGUUUUAUGCGUGUUCAUUUUUUGUAUGUUCGUUUUUGAGUACAAAGUUUAUAUUUAUUACUGAGCUAGAUAGUAAAGAAAGAUGGAAUAAAUAUUUUUGUACAUAUCACGAUUUGCAAGAUAGUUUAUAAAAUAUUGUUACCAAGAGUGUCUAUUAGUUGUAAUAUUAUGUAAUAUAAAUAGAUGUAAUUUCGCCGUGCCUUACGCGUCUCAAUGUCUAAAGUACUGUUUGAAUCAUUUUUAUUUGUAGUUUAGAUCAUUUAAUUUCGAUUAUAAGAAUUUUAGACUAGGAGCCUCUGAUUUGUGUACUUUUUAAAUAAUAACCUAUAUUUUGUUAAUAAGUUUUUGUUCUGAUCACUCACAUGGACUUAACUAAUAAAAUAAAUAAUAUGCUGCGAUAAAAUUUCAUCGAGGCAAAGAUGUAUUAGCGCCCUCCUAUAAAUGUCAUAAAUAGAUGAACUAAAACGAACUGUCCUACCCGUAACACUGACUGGGGGGCGCCACCAUCAUUACCGAAGUGCUGGUUCCGAUUUUUAACACUAUUUGUAGUAAAGUGUAUCUAUUAUAAGGUGUACCAGAAUCUCAUGGCAAAUAGGGAAAAUAAACUUUGUUGAGAGCAAUACUGGGUAAAUUGGAUUAAACGAUCUUGAUACUGUUUAA